CUUCCUCUCCUGGACCAGCCUCUGAGCAGCAGACAAGGGUGAUAAGAGCCCCACAGCAAGCCCUCUCAGAGUCCAGCCUGGCCCGACAGAGCCACCGGCACCAUGAAGGACGAAGUGGCUCUUCUGGCCACUGUCACCCUCCUGGGAGUCUUGCUGCAAGCCUACUUCUUGCUGCAGGUGAUCUCGGCGCGCAGGGCCUUCCACGUGUCUCCGCCGCUCACCACCGGCCCGCCGGAGUUCGAGCGCAUCUACCGAGCCCAAGUGAACUGCAGCGAGUAUUUCCCGCUGUUCCUCGCCACGCUCUGGGUCGCCGGCAUCUUCUUUCACGAAGGGGCGGCAGCACUGUGUGGCCUGGUAUACCUGUUCGCGCGCCUCCGCUACUUUCAGGGCUACGCGAGAUCUGCGCAGCAAAGGCUGGCCCCGCUGUACGCGAGCGCGCGCGCGCUCUGGCUUCUCGUGGUGUUGGCGGCGCUUGGCCUACUCGCCCACUUCCUCCCGGCCGCGCUCCUCGGACAGUUCCAGAAACUGCUGCAGAAGGCCUGAGACGGAGGACGCCGGGUGGGCGGAGCCUCCUGGAGGACGGGGGAGGGUGCUCGCCCCCAUCCCAGUCUCUCAUUAAAGCGUGAUCUCGA